GGGUGAUCAACGUGUCUUUUGCUCCUCGAAGAGGUUUUGGUACAACUGAGCCUAGCCUACGAAACUGCCGUUGCUUUGACACGGUUCUACGAUUCCAGCCCUCUAUCAACGUAUCUUUACGCUAUGCGAAAGCCAGAGUCGCACUGUUCCACCGUCGCACCUUGCUCGCUUCUACCAUCCUUCGUUCCCUCCUCGUAGCCACCAGUCGUCUGCUGCCGCUUGCUCACUCGAGACUUCGCGAACGCAUUCAAUAACACUACUGUUACAAUAACGGCACCACCGCCGGUACCAUAACCGUAUAAGCCAUGGCGGCCCAGGCCCCGGUCGAUGCCCUCUCGGACCCAAACAACCCACUGGUCAACAUCUCCUGCUUCGACCUGCUCCUCAUUGAACUCGUCCCACUGGCGGAGCGCAUGGCUCGCACCUUCGAGGCGAGCUUAGACGGCCACAGCCUCGGCCCUGCGUCUCCGACUUCCAAACGUGGCGCGGCCAGUGCCACCACCGCCGGUGGUAGUAUUCCUUCCAAUACACAGGCGGCGGUGUCGUCAAACGUGGCUGGCGGGGCGAACGCGGGUGCAGGAGCUGGAACAGGAGCCCCGUCAUCGGGCACAGGGAUAGUCAUGGCGGCGGACGGAUUACCCAGCACCACGAUAUUCCGGGACAGUGUCUACGUCCGGCUCGAGCGUCUGGGGUUCAGGGUCGGCGAAGGGUUGAGUGAACGGUUCUCUCGAGACAGACCUCGGCUCACCGACCAGCUCGACGUGAUCAAGUUCCUCUGCAAGGAUCUGUGGACGGUCGUGUUCAAGAAACAAAUUGACAAUCUCAAGACGAACCACAGGGGCGUAUUUGUUCUGACGGAUAGCAAAUUCCGACCGUUUGCUCGUAUGAGCAUGACCACUCACGCGGACGCCGUUGCACGCGCUCAACCGCACCUGUACUUCCCCUGUGGCAUCAUCAGAGGUGUCCUGUCCAGUCUGGGCAUCAAGGCUACGGUGCAAGCCGAGACGGCCGAACUACCUACUGCCACGUUUCAGAUCAAGACCGCCCAUGCAAAGCCUUGAAGUCAUGCAUCGUGCAAGUCACAGCAGUAACAAUUGGGAACUUCAAUCAGCCUCUGAAAAUACAAUAUUCAUUCUCCAGCAAUGACCGAGGCUGAUUCCAGGACUGAUGAACAUUAAACGAGAGCCUAAAUGGCUCAGUCAGGCCUCUGGAAACAGCCUUCAAAACCACGAGCACUGUGCCCUCACGGAGCUGAAAUGAACGAGUACAAGUCACGAAAUCACGAGGAGUUGUGCUACCACAAUCAGAACAAUUGGAAUAUUGCAUGAAACGCGGAAUUAAUUUUGUCUACGCUGUCUCUGCGGAAAAUUGUCUCUCAAGUCUUGACAGGUUGUGGUGCCAGCUCGACUCGAUGGGAAACCGUUUCUUGGUGACUAUGGGGUUUUCACAAUCUGCACCCGGGUUUUGGUCAGUGUCUGAUGAUUGUAUUUUGAUUUUUUAAAAUCAUGGCAAACAUCGGCAAUGGUAUCGGCAGGCAGGCUCGUUCUGGGAUAGAAGUCGCUCACGUCCUACCUACGAGAAAUGUCAGGCGAGUAAAACACAGAUGAAGAAGAGGAGUGCACAUACUUUGGUGGGUUCUUGACGAAGCUGACGCCGGCCUCGAUGUUGGUCUUGAGACCCUUGAUGGCUUCAUCGAGGAGCUUCUUCUCAUAGUCGUUGGCACUGCUGAGAAUGUUGAUGGCCUUUUCAGCUCCACCAGGCUGUCGAGAUGUUAGUCUGGACAAAAGGGACAGGCAUAUUCUAAACUUACGCCGAGUUCGACAGGGACAGAGAAGUAUUCGCAGCCAGUUGCCUUGGCGAUAGCGUCACCACCCUCGACACCAGGCAGGUAGACAAAGGUCGGCUCGACGAUGCCCUUCUCACCCUUGGCUGCCUUCAAGAGAGACUCUGCGAAUCUGAAGCCAGCGUAUGCCAUGGAUAGGGUUGCAGAUCCAGCACCGUCUUUGGCCUUGACAACUUCAUCACCUCCGAAUUGGACACGGUUGACCAGUGCGUCGAGCUUGUCAGCAGGAAUGUUCACUGAUGGCUUGGCCUGACUGAACAUGGGAACGAUGGUGUUGCCGGAGUGUCCACCAACAACAGGGAUUGUGAGCUUGCGGGGAUCUUUCUCGCCUGUGAUCUCUCCGACGAAGGUCUGAGCACGAACGACAUCCAGAGUUGUGACACCAAAGAGCUUCUUGGGGUCAAAGACACCGGCCUCCUUGAGAACUUCAGCGGCAAUUGGGACGGUGGAGUUGACAGGGUUGGAGAUGACACAGAUGGCGGCCUUUGGGCAGUACUUUGCGCAAGCAACGAUCAGAUCCUUGACAAUGCCAGCAUUGGUCUUGAAAAGGUCAUCGCGGGUCAUGCCCGGUUUCCCUGCACUUUUUGUCAGCCCCGGAUCCGUUGUUCACAUGACUGGAUAUAGAGAGAUAUAUAGACAUACGGGGGACACCAGCUGGGAUAAUGACAACAUCUGCGCCGGUCAAGGCUUGUUUCUUUGCUUCUUCCGUCUCUGGCUUCUCGCCCUUGAAGUCACCCUUGGCAGCGACGAAGCCACCGAUGUUCUGUGACGCAAGAGUUAGUUUGUUCUUUCGGAUCGCUGGAACGGUCGAAUGGAUGGGGGGAGGAGAGGAGAGGACAGACGUACAGCGACAGAGGAGAUGUGGGACAGAUCGGCAGCGACGCCAGGUGUGUUGACAACAUCAAAGAGAGCGAGCUCGUCGAUGAGAGGAGAGAUCUUGCAAAGCAGAGACAAUGGCUAUGAAGGUGAUUGUCAGUCGUCGUUCAUGUAGCGUCAUUGAAUUUGGUUGACCUCACCUGGCCAAUGCCACCAGCGGCACCGAGAACGACGGCCUUGACCAUGAUGGAAUUGGGUGAGGGGUAAAUGAACUGCGACGAGGAUCAGACGCGGACGUUUCCAACAGUGUUACUUGACCUUGUUUACCUGAAGAAGAGAUCUGACAAGAAGUUCAGAGGAAGAAAAUGUGAAAGAGAGGUGGUUUUUGUAGAACUGUGUCAAAGGAAGCAAGUGAGGUAAAGGUCAACAAAAGCAAAAGCGGUCUGACUUGGUGAACAAACGUGACGAGCAGAGAGCAAAGAUUCCCCGCCAAGCGAGAGCGUUUGCUGUAUGGGUAAUAGAGGUAAUCAAAUGCAAGAAACCCCGCGUCUGUCCGCCUGGCCGGCUUGUUACCGUGUGCACCAAUGGACGAGCUUCUAAGGACGAGUACAGGGUUGAUUCUACUCACGGAAGACGAGGCUACA